AAAUAAAAAAGGCUAAAGGAAUCAAAAAAUCUGCAUUAAAAGAACUGUCAUAUGAUGAUUAUUAUGCAAGUUUAUUUAAUAAAGUAAUAGUGGAAAUUUACCAAAAUUCAAUCAUUUCGAAAAAGCAUGAUGUUUAUACAAUGUCUCAAAUAAAGGUAGCACUCAGUCCAUACGAUGAUAAGAGAAUAAUAAAUUAUUUAUCCCCUGACACUCUUCCAUGGGGUUUCAAUGAUAAAUAAUUUAUUAUUAUUAUUUUAUAAAAUUUUGUAAAUCGUUUUUUAAUUAAUCUACAGCCACUCAACACGAAGCUCAGCUGGUACGGUAUUUAUACAUUGAAUAAAAUAUGUUUUUAAAUAAAGCUCCUUUUUAUUUUAGUCUCAAUUAAAUAAAUGGGAGGCAGUUUUCAUAGACCAAAAACGAUUUGUAAAAUUAAAAUUUAAGACUGAAAAAACCAUAAUACCUCAAACUCUACCUACAAUCUUCUGGGAUACAAAAACAUAUGGAACAAUACCAUGUUUUGAUUGUAAGAGAUUUUUUUGUUUUUGUGACAGAUCCUUAGAAAUUCACAAGGACACUAAUAUGUAUUGUUAUGAAACUAUGCCUGAUUCAUAAAAAGCCCUUAAUCCAUCGACCAUUACCAGCUUCUGGUGUGGGUGUACUUAAAAUUAAAGAAGAGAUUUUGUCCGAUGAAGAUUUUAAUUAUAGAAAAAAUUACAAUGCCCAAAUACCAGAUGACCAUCCACUACACAGAGACGACUUAAUUUGGGCCCGGUACAUUGAUCAGGUGACGUGGUCGUAUUGGAUGGAUAUUAAAACAACCUUAUGGAACGACAUAGCUGUGUAUCACUAUUAUGAAUUAAACUAUCUUGUAUAAUAAACUUUUAGAUUUGG